AUGAACGCCGAGCAAGAAGAAGAAGUGGAAGCAGAAGCGAGACGCUCCUUAGAGCAGUCAAUAUUACAGUUUUGCCGGCGCGGUUAUGAACUGAGACGGGUCAAAAAUGGGCACAUUGAACCGGCUCGCCUAGUGAGUGUGACGGAUGAGAAUUAUUUCCGCUAUCAUUCUCAAGGAUUUUGGCGUAUUUUACCAGAGAAACUCAAAUCCGUGGUAAUAAGUGAACUGUUCGAGGUGCGUAAAGGAUACAGCACUGACAAUCUGAAGCAAUCAGCCACAAAACUGAAGUUCCGUAAGGCUGCAUCGGAGGAUAUGUGUUUUUCGGUGGUAUUCACAAAAACUGAAUUUCUUCACAAAUCUGUUGACUUUAUCGCAGAUUCGACAGAAACACGUAACAAAUUCUUUAACGCUUUAGAAUAUUUGAUAAAUAAUAAAAAGAAAGAACGUCUUUUCUUCGAUGAAAAGUGCUGGCUGAAAGAGAAAUUCAAAUUGGCUGAUACAAAUAAGAACGGUGAGUAA